AUGUUCAGUAGAGUAGCACGAGCGCGAGUACCUGCCUCGAUCCUUCGCAGACCGACUUUGAAUCAGCAGAUACCUAGAAUUGCAGCCAUGGCUCCCAUAAGGAAACAGUCGUCGUUGCCAGCAGGCUACAAGGAGGACCUCAGCAAGGGCGCUAUGCUGCGGUUCGAGGACUCUCUUCCACAACUUCCUGUCCCCACACUCGAGGAGACUGCAAAGCGAUACCUGAAAUCCGUUCACCCGCUGCUCUCCAAGACCGAAUACGAUGCCACCACAAAAGCCGUCGACGAGUUUGUAGCGCCUGGCGGGCCUGGAGAGACUCUCCAGAAGCGCCUGAUAGAGCGGAGAGAGCGGCCAGAGGUCAAGAACUGGAUCGCCGAGUGGUGGAACGACGCGGCAUACAUGGCCUACCGCGACCCGGUCGUGCCCUAUGUCAGCUACUUCUACUCCCACCGCGACGACAAGAAGCGGAGGAACCCGGCCAAGCGCGCUGCUGCCAUCUCGACGGCCGUAUUGGAGUUCAAGAAGAUGGUCGACAACGGCACCCUGGAGCCAGAAUACAUGAAGAAGCUUCCCAUGGCCAUGAGCUCGUACGAGUACAUGUUCAACUUCUGCCGCGUACCCAAGAAGCCCGCAGACACGGGCGUCAAAUACCCAUUCAAGGAGAACCAGCACAUCCUCGCCAUCAGGAAGAACCAAUUCUGGACCAUCCCCACCGAAAGCAACGGUAAGCAGCUCAACACCAGCGAGCUCGAACUCCAGUUCCAGCGCAUCUACGAGAAGGCUGAAAGAGCCCCUGCAGUCGGCUUCCUCACAUCGCAAAACCGUGAUGUCUGGUCAGACGUGUAUCCCAAGCUCCAGGCCUCGAACGUCAACGCCGCAUCACUCAAGGCCAUCGAGUCUGCCUCGUUUGUCGUCUGCCUCGACGACGCCUCACCCGUCACCCUCGAAGAGCGCGCACACCAGUACUGGCACGGCGACGGCUCCAACCGCUGGUUCGACAAGCCGCUCCAAUUCAUCGUCAACGACAACGGCACCUCAGGCUUCAUGGGCGAACACUCGAUGAUGGACGGCACCCCCACGCACCGUCUAAACGACUACGCCAACCAACAAAUCUUCACAAACGCCCUCCCCUUCGACGACCCAACCAUCCGCUCCGACCUCCCCAACCCAAAACCCCUCCGCUUCGAAGUAUCCCCCGACCUGCAAAAAGACAUCGACGCAGCAGCCACCCACUUCGCCUCGCAAAUCAACGCCCACGAACUCCGCGUCCAAGCCUACCAAGGCUACGGCAAGGGUCUAAUCAAGAAAUUCAAAUGCUCCCCAGACGCCUACGUGCAAAUGAUCAUCCAACUCGCCUACCACAAAUUCUACGGCAAAAAUCGCCCCACAUACGAAUCCGCUGCUACCCGCCGCUUCCAGCAGGGCCGCACGGAAACAUGCCGCUCCGUCUCAGACGAAAGCGUCGCUUUCUGCAACGCAAUGGCCUCCCCCGACGCCUCGCCUGAGGAAUGCCAGAAGCUACUGCGCGCCGCGCUCAACGCGCAUGUGGCGUACAUCUCCGACGCGUCCGAUGGCCGCGGCGUGGACCGCCACCUGUUCGGCCUGAAGAAGUGUCUGCGCGCCGGCGAGGAGCUGCCCACUCUGUACAAGGACCCCGCGUUUGCGUACAGCUCUACGUGGGCCAUCUCCAGCUCGCAGCUGUCGAGCGAGUACUUUAAUGGGUAUGGGUGGAGUCAGGUGGUCGAUGAUGGGUGGGGGCUCGCGUAUAUGAUUAAUGAGAAUAGCAUUCAGUUUAAUGUCUGCUCUAAGGGGUUGGGCUCGGAGAAGAUGAGCUUUUACCUCAAUGAGGCGGCGGGCGAUAUUAGGGAUGUUAUGCUGCCUACGCUUGAGGCGCCUAAGGCUAAGUUGUAG